GGUGGGAAAAUAUGUUAAAAAUAUUUUCAAUAAAUCUGAAUAUCACCGAAAAUAAACAUACUGUAUUUUCAAAACAAUCAUGGCGGACGUUUCUUGAGUUGAACCACAACUUCAAUGGCUUUUCGAAGCCGUUUUCGUUCUCUUCUUGGUCUAGAGCAAACGCGAAAAGAGCUAGAUAAUAGUGGAGGUUUGGAUGAAAGCAGUGUUGGAGCUGCGGUAUUCAAGGAAGGAGAAAGAGAAUUUGAAAAUGACCCAUUAAGUAAUGAUGAGGUAAUUUCAACCAUAGAGGAAAUCUAUUUUGAUGAUGUUGAUUCAUUUGACCCAAGUGACUAUGAGCUGAAGAAACUACCAGAUGUGUUAAACAAAGAAGAGCUGGAUGAAUACAGAAAUGUGUUACGAAGACAAGCCCAAGCUGUUUCUAAGAAACUUUAUAUGAAAGUUUUGGAUAAUCAGAAAGCCUACAUGCAGGAAUUACAAAGAGUUAUUGACAUUCAAGCUACUCUUGAACUUGCAAAAACAAUAUGUGAUAGUGGACGAAGCCACCUUGAACAUUCACGAAGAGAGACGUCUUUGGGUGGUCUUACUGUCCUGGCAAAAAACAGGAAGAAACAACAUUUGGUCAAUGUUCUUCAGUCUUUAGGAACAAUCAAAACACUUCAACAAACUGAUGUAAGACUGAGAGAAAUGCUACAGGAAGAAGAUUACCCUGGCGCUAUAAAUUUGUGUUUGGAAUGUGAAAAGGCCGCUCGUGCUUUUAAACAUUAUAAAUGUAUAAGUGAAUUAAGUGCAAACCUCCAGGAUAUACUUUUACAAAUCGAGGGCGAGUUGGAUAGUGCCCUGGCUAAAACGUGUAAUAAUUUUAACGCCUUGCAUUAUGAGAAAUUACAAACCGCUUAUAGAUAUCUUGGUAAAAUACAGUUGGCAAUGGAUCAACUUCAUCUUCACUUCAUGAAUUCCAUCAACAGUGAAGCAUUUCUUGUUUUGCUGAAACAUGUUGAGGAAAAUUGUCCAGAAGACUUAAAUGAAGGUGGAAUUCAGACGAUCCCUUUUCAAGAACUCUGCCAGAAAGUUGGUGUGGAAGAUUUUACUCCAUGUUUGGUUGAUUUGUGCAAAACUUUGUGGAAAGUGAUGUCUAAUUACCAUGAGGUAAUGCAGUGGCAUAAAGAGCAUGAUGAUUUCAUGCAAACGCAAGGUGAUGAAACGGACGGUGAAGCGUCUUAUAAUAGACAAUAUGUCACCCAGAAGUUGAAGCACGGAUUACAUAGAAUUUGGAAGGAAGUUCAAGAAAGAGCGAAAUGCUACUUGCUAGGAACGGACUUAUCGUAUUUUAAAUACGACGAUUUUAUUCAUGUGUUAGAUUUAGUUAAUAGAUUGAUUGCAAUUGGGGAGGAAUUCUGUGGGAGUAAAUCAGAAGAGCUUCACGAUUCUAUUCGAACCCAAACAGUGAAUUAUUUUAAGAAUUAUCACAGAUCACGGUUAGAGGAGCUUCGGAUGUUUCUGGAGAAUGAAGUCUGGGAAUUGUGUCCAGUAAAGGCUAAUUUUUCCUUGGCCAAUCUCCAGGAGUUCAAGUUUCUAAGGAAAAUAUACCCGAGCAAAGGUCAUAGAAGGACAGAUUCUGGAAACAUAAAAUCUGAAAUGAGUUUCUUUUCUCGAUACCGCCCUGGUUCGACGCCAUUUGAUGACCAGAGAGCCGAAGACGAGUAUGAAGAUUUAUUGUCAACUUUAACCACAGGUGUAGAUUGCGAUGUGAAUGAAAAUCACGACGAUGAUGAUGAUGAUGAAUACGACGAUGAUGAUGAGGAUGUUCCAGAUGAGUUGAAGUUAGACUAUGUCGACGAGAAAACUGGGGAACCGUCACCAAGACCAAACUCGCACUCAAAACUUGGGAAAAAACUGAGUAAAAACCAUGGACCAAUUGUUACAAACACCACUUUAAAUGUUUUAAGAUUGUUCGGGAAAUACAUGCAAAUGAUGAACGUAUUAAAACCCAUCGCAUUUGAUGUUGUUAUCUGUGUCUCACAGCUGUUUGAUUAUUAUUUGUUUGCUGUUCAAAGGUUUUUCUGUCCUAAUGUUAUGGACGAAUCAAAGAAUCCGGAUCUUAGCACAAAAUUGUUUACUUCUCUUAAACGCAUCAAGGAAAACCUAAUUAUGGAACACUAUUCACCGUCUGAUACAACAGGUGGCGAUGAUAUGCGGGUUCCAUCUCCGUGUCUUUCUCCUUUAACACAAUUGGAAAAUGCGGAAGGAUUGUUUGGACUUUCUGAAAGAAUUAUAGCGACCGAAUCAUUAGUAUUUUUAGCGAAACAAUUCGAAUCAUUGCAACCUCAUUUAGAAUCUCUUAUUCCGAUGGCUAAGAGAGCAUUUCUCUCUCAGUUUUAUUCUCAGACUGUUUCUACCGCGCAUGAAUUGAGAAGACCAAUAUACCAAGCAGUCGCUGGAAGGGUUGUCGACUUUAACAUGAUCAUUCAUUUAAUGUCAAAUGUGAAAUGGGACAUCAAAGAAAUCAUGUCUGAACACAACACAUACGUGGAUAUGUUACUAAGGGAAUUGCAAUUGUUUAGCAUGAGGAUCUCGCAAAUUGGAAGAUCAAUCCCGAUCCCAAAUGAAGUGUUGACAAUUUUGUGGGAUCAUUGUACGCGUCGCGUUAACCGAUCUUUAGUUGAGGGAUUUUCCUGUGCGAAGAAAUGCAGCAACGAAGGACGAGCGCUAAUGCAACUGGAUUUUCAACAGUUUCUCAUAAAACUGGAUAAACUUACUUCAUUGAGGCCUAUUCCAGAGAAAGAAUUUGUCGAAGCAUACGUCAAAGCUUACUAUUUGACAGAACCGGAUAUGGAAAGAUGGAUUCGGGAACAUAAGGAGUACUCAACGAAACAACUCACUAGUCUUGUCAACUGUGGUACAGGUUCCCACUUUAGUAAGAAAGCCAAGCAACGGUUAUUGAUUGUAGUUGAGGAGACUGAAAGAUUUAGAACACGCUGAUAUCAAUCAAUGAUUCCCGGCGCGUGGUCACCCCCCUUGGCUUUCACCACGAGGGAAAUUGCUCUUGAAAAUAAAUUAGGAAUUUUUAAAUUUUAUCAAUUAGCGUUUUUUUGUAAUUUGCCAGUUUAAAUUUUGUCGAAAAUUGUGAUCCUGUAUUUAGGUUAGUUUCCCUCAAAAUAUCAUAGACAAUUACGAGGAGUAAAUCGCGGAAAGCCAUUUUCCUCCACGCAAAACACAACCACGUACCGAGCCAAACGUAUGGAGGUCCUGGUGAAUAUAGAAUCAUUUUCAAUUUUUUUUCAAACAGUUCGCGUGGCGGAGAACGGGAAUAAAUAGGCGUAGCCAUACAUACUUUAUUAACGUAAGCUGGCUUACAAGUUACAAUUUGAACUUUCAGACGUUUGCUGGUACCUUAUCCUGUUAAUAGGGAAGGUUCUUUAUUUAUAACAAAUGCUGUAGUUAUCGUUUAGUAUUGCUGCCCAGUAUUGCUGUUGUGUCUUACAAAUCAUAUUUUUAAACAGACUUGGGCAAAAUAAUGCGAAAGACAUGAGCAGUUAAAAAAAUAAAUAAGGAAAAGUGAGA